UAGCACUUCUGUCACUAUAUGAAGGAGUCGAGCACUGUUGAUGUCUAUGUGCUUGGUGUAUAUGUGCUAUAAUCUCUGGGGGUCUUGGUAACGAAUCUGAUGAUCUUACUGACAUUUCUGAUUUCCUUGUUGCAGUCUGUCCCAUCCAUCUGAAAAAUUCUUAUCUUUACCGAUACAGGAUUAAGAAAGUUCUGUAAGAGAGAUGAUGAUGGUAAGCGAUGACUGUCUGGUGGAGUGUAAGAUUGACGAUAGUGAUGAGGAACAGAUGAACACUCCUCCUCCUCCUCCUCCAGAAUUUGCAUCGAAAGCUUUACCUCCAGCUCCCAAAACUCCAACCCCUCCUGCAAAUUCCCCGAGUCCUGCUCCAACCCGUCCUGUCAACAGAGACCCAUAUGGCAUUAACCAACACCUUAAGGUGGAGGUCAGUGAUGUACUGGCUGAACCCACCACACCUCAUAGCAUAGAUGGAGUGUGGACUUACAGUCUGGUUGGCUUUGAGAGGACUCGUAUCUGGACAUAUCGCUGCCUGUCCUUGCUGUUUGCUGUGCCUCUUGCUUUCCUGUGUGGUGUCUUUCUGGCUAUCCUCGCCUGCCUACACGUUUGGUUCCUGGUUCCCUGUAUACAGCUGAGCAACACCUUCCUGCCCUGCUUGCGCUCCUUAUUCAUGUGUGCUGUGAACGCCUUCAUCUCUCCCUUCUGUAUGUCUCUCGCUCUCUGCUGCACCCAAAUCUCCAUCUCACUGUCGAACAAAGACUUGGAUCGAAAGAGAGACAAAGACACUGUGUAAAUGUAAAAAACACUAAGGAAUCUAAAGUGAGAAUGUGUGUGAAUGGGAAGUAGAUUGCUUUAGUUUAAAUGUGCUUCCUUUUGUUUUUUAUCCUAUUAUUUUAUUUACAGUAUUUUUAAUAAGCUUUUUUUGUAAAUCAGAUUUUUUUUCUUUUUUCACUUUCUUCUCUGAAAUUCCAAACUUGUGGAGAAAUCUGUUUUUAAUGUAUUGUCCCAUUUUUUUCACAGUCCUCUAAUUGCUUAUUUGCUCGUUUUGUAAUUAAUAAAUGUAUGACUGAACCUUA